GCGCUGAUUGGAUGGUUGAGAUGCAUAAAACGCUGCAGUUCUCUCCAGUCAGCCAGCUGCUGUCACUGUCCCUGCUGAGUGGUGUAGUGUUACAGAGUUCACGCGUCGCUGGAGUACAGCCGGAACACGUGAAUGAUAUUUCGAAGGAGUCAAAUUCACUUUUUCAUAUAAUCUGGUCUCGUUGAGAAUGAAGGAGAGGAGAAUAAGCGAGCCGCUGGAGGUCCGCUGUAAACUGGUGUUAGUGGGAGAUGUUCAGUGCGGGAAAACGGCUAUGUUGCAAGUCUUGGCAAAGGACUGCUACCCCGAGACGUACAUCCCGACAGUGUUUGAAAACUACACGUCAGGCCUGGAAAUAGAAGAGCAACACAUUGAGCUUAGUCUGUGGGACACAUCAGGUUCUCCGUAUUACGAUAACGUCAGGCCACUCUGCUAUAGCGACUCUGAUGCUGUGCUGCUCUGUUUCGACAUCAGCCGACCUGACACUGUUGACAGCUCUCUGAAAAAGUGGAAGACAGAGAUCAUGGAUUUCUGCCCCAAUGCACGCAUCCUACUGGUUGCCUGUAAGACAGACCUGCGCACUGAUGUGUGCACACUGAUGGAGCUGUCCACGCAAAAAAUGGCCCCGAUUUCUUACGAACAGGGGUCGUCACUAGCAAAACAGGUGGGAGCCGAGGCAUAUCUGGAGUGUUCCGCGUUUACGUCAGAGAAAAGCAUACACAGUGUGUUUCGCUCAGCAGCGCUGGCUUGUCUUGACAAACUUCAGCCACCUAUCAAGCCAAGCCCCGCCCACCGGAAACGCCUCCUGCACCUGCCCAGCAAGAGUGAGCUUCUGAGCUCCUCCUUCAGCAAAGAGAGGACCAAGAGCUGUUCUGUCAUGUGAUCCAGACUUUCUAAUUCCUGAGACAGAUCAACAGAAGGGCAGUUUUGAAAUGAGACAAGAGGUCACAACCUUUGCUGUCCCCUCCCAUCUCUACACACUCAAUGUUUUGCCUUUUCAGUCCAUCCCAUUUCUUCAUCACAAAGAAUGGAAGUCGAAGGUUAACUGAUUCUUUUUAAUACACAGGUUUACAACUUUUAAUUGACCUGAACCUCAAGCCCUGUUUAAUAGAGUGUGCUAUUUUUUUUAUUUAUUUAUGGUGCGUAUAUAUCGGAGAGCUGAGCCAUCCAUGCAUUUCAGCUGUAUCCAGAAUUCUUCCUGUGCUGGGUCACCAGACGUUUAAUAAAAAACGGGAUUAAUUGGUUAUCUGGCCAUGUAUGCAAAAGAGCAUGACAGAGGAAAACGCUUAUGUGAUUUUGUUGGAGGACACAAACGGGUAAGGGGCAUAACUGGGGAAGUUUUAAAGAGCAGCUAUAAAACUGACAUUGAUGGAGUGCGCAAUCAUAUGUAGGAAGAUAAAACACACUGACUUCUACUCUGUCUCUCACAUACAUGCACAGACAACUGUCUGUCUAUAAAUCAGAUGAUUAACGAAGAGAACAGAUAGUUCUUGGACCGUUCUUGAAAUGGCGUGAACAACAUGCGGGAGAUAUUGUGAUGGUGGUUCAGUUUGGAUGGGGUUUGACCUUAGAGUAGCUUUGGACCUUAGAUGAGCGUGUCAGAGCAGGACAGAAGAGAUUAGGGGGAUUAGUUGAGGAGACAGGAUGACAUUUUAUCCCAGACAAGUCUGAUGAGAGAUUAGAUAUAAGGUAAUCCUACUGAACGUGCCUGAUUAUCUGGCUUACCUUUUUAAGGCUACCUUCUUUUCAUUUUAAUGAUCAAAUAUCUCUUGAAUUGAUGUCUUGUAGUAAAGAGCUCAUUUGGACUUUCAGCGCCUGACCCAGAGUGUGUAUUAUUAUUAAAUUCAAUACAAUUUCUAAAAUCUAGUGAUGUAGCCACUAUCUCUAUCUGUAUCUGUUUAAUAUUCCAGAUAUACCUGUCUGUAUUUGGAUUUAAACCAAAAGUAGGUGUGGUUUUCAGUGAGACAGUGCAGAAAAACAGUGUAAAAAAAAAUGGGGCACUGUAGAAAUACCAGCACUGUCAGCGUGGUCUGUCAAAUCUCCUCAAUCAAUUCUCCUCACUUCAUCAACCCAGCCAUUUUUUUGUUUUUAUGUUUUUUUUUUAUUUUUUAUCUGGGAUCUAUAUUUCUGCACACAUACACCUGUAGUCUCAACCUGUGAACUCAAACCCUGUGAACUCAAAAAGUGCACCUCCUAUUCACAUCUGUAUUUGUGUAUCUGUUUAGGACACACAUCUGUUCAAUCCAAAUAAUGUAUUCAUAUUCGGUUACAUACCUGCGCCAAACUAUAGCUUUGAUAAGGAAUUUUGACUUUCUUUGUUUGGGCUGACUUUGUUUCAUGCAUAUUAUUUCUUGUUUCUAUUUGAAGACACUUCUUGGAAACCUGAUCAGUCUAAUGAAGUAAUCUUUAUGAUGUGUUCAGUUGCAUUGGGGAAAAGUUGUCUUUCCCCCAGUAGUCCUCAUAAAACAAAAUUGAGUAACAGCCACAGUUUAACGGUAACAUAAUGAAAAACAUACAGUGACUAUACCCCUUGGAAUCCACUUGUAAACCAUAUAUUGAUUUUUAUAUCAGUUUAAGAAGGUGAAUAGCGCCUGACUCAGCAUCUGCCAGCCGAUAAGAUCAGACACUAUCAGGACAGAAUGGUGUGAGUGCGUGUACUUGCUGUAUUGCACAAGCAGAUAUUAGUCUUAACAACGCACAGGCUGGGCCUACUUUUUCAUCUCUGAACAAGCACCCAGUUCUGUUUUCUUAGGUCUUUGCAUAGUUGUUUCCUCAUAGACAGUUAAACUCUCUGUUGCCCAGUUUUAUCUGUUGUACGAAUGGACAGGUAGCCUCUGAUACUGCAGAUCUAGUGGUAUAUUUGAUACAUACACCCCUUUCUGCAUCAUACAGAAGACCCAUACAACUACACAGAGUGCUGGAAUGCCGCAGUGUUGCCUAGCAACAAUCAAGGAUGUACGGCACUGCUCAAUUUCAUUAUAGCAUUAAAAUACAGACCUAUACCUGAGGCUAUAGCGAAAUACAUAUGCUCCCUGAGAAGUUCUUGCUCUUUGAGCAGUGAUAGACUGAAUAUAUUAUUGGUAUUCAUGUGUGAAGUGUAGCUUAAAGUGUCAUGUGUCUAGUAUUAUUGUAAUUUAUUUUCAAAUGUUUUUCUUAAGUAUCUGUGAUUUCUCUCAACUGGUUUCAUUAAAAAUGGCUUUAUUGUGUAAAUUCAGAUUUUAUCAUGUGUUUGUGCAGACUUUAGGAUGAUUCCAGCACUGCGGUAGAUUAAUAGAUCCCCUUCCUCCACAACAGUGAAGCAGAGUGUACCCCCUGGGGUUUAUACACUGAUGGGUCUAGUGUGGAUGAUGUGUUUGUCUCUGUGCCACUCUCUCAAUAUAACGGUUCCACACAUCCAAGCAGCUCCCUGGGGUGCAGCAAAAUUGUACCCUGGUUUCCAGUGUAU